AUGUCCGACGGUGACCCAUCCCUCGAAGAGGACAUCCCGAAACCCCUUUUAGAGAAAGCUGAGGAGAAUGUGUUUACACCGAAGAUAGCAACCCCAAUAUUUACUGGUGGGGUAAAACUGCAUCAUAAGAGAUCUGAUGCUGGAGAAACAGAGUCCUUCUUGUCUGACGCUCAGCGCAAUGACCUUGCCUUCCAACAAUUAUUCACGGAUGGAGAUGGAGAACUUCAAAGGACGGCGAAGGAGACGCAGGAGACUAUUCCCGACCUGCAGGCCAUGUCCGUUCUGAGCAUGUACCAAGACAACAUGUCGCAGGACAUGAACACAGACCGGGACAACGGUAGCGAGGCGUCGACGCGUCCCGCCGAGGAGUGUCUUUGCGGGGGUGAUGCUCUGCCAGACGUGACUGGCAAUGGCAAGCCAACCGCCAACCAUUGCUCUAUCAUAAUGGGCGGCGUGCUCAACAACCCGUCACUUACUUUUAACGACGGCGUGCGGACCAUCGACUACGUUUUAGUAUGGGAGUCUGCUAAAGAAGACGCCUCCAAACCAGAGGCAUUCGAGCAGAGGAAAAUAUUCGAGGAAAACUUGGAGAAUGAAGGGCUGCAAUUGGAGCGAGAAGCGCCGGAGAAUUUGCACGGGCUUCACUUUGUUAAGAUCCAUGCGCCUUUAACAGUUUUGAGGGAUUAUAGUGAAAUAUUAAAGUUAAGAAUGCCAAUGAAGUUUUCAGCGUUGAAAGAUGUACAUGAGAAAACGAACAGUUUCCUGGAUCAGGCGGACGCGUGUUGGAACAGGUUCAUGUCAAAUAUAAGGCUCGACCCAGAGAAGUUUCCGGAAAGGAAGCAUCGACUCACUGCUAUUUAUUCUAAGGACAAGGAAUAUUUAUUCGACACGAACGCGGAAUGCUUCUGGACGCCGUCGAUCAGGUCGCGCAUCGUACAGUUCAUAUUGGACCGCAAGAAGUUCUCGAGCGCUUCCGGCGAUGACUUCGCGUUCGGUAUAGCUCGACUCAUCGAUAGAAACACUUACAGCGCCGCCUACCCAUUACACGAUGGUGAUCUCAAAACCCCAGGCUCAAUGCGUUAUUUAUUAUAUAAGGAGUGGGCGAGUGUAUCAAAGUGCAUCAACUACCAGCCUUUGGAUUACGUUAAAGACUAUUUCGGCGUUAAAAUAGGUUUAUAUUUCGCGUGGUUAGGUUUCUAUACGCACAUGCUGAUCCCCGCGUCUAUUGUGGGUUUGAUAUGUGUCAUAUACUCGGCCGCUACAAUUUUUUCAAACAAACCAAGUGAGGAGGUGUGCAAAUACAACUCGAGUAUCAAGAUGUGCCCAUUGUGCGACUACUUCUGUGAUUAUUGGGAUCUGCGCGACACAUGCCUGCAGUCCAGAAUCACAUAUCUGUUCGAUAACUCCACCACUGUGUUCUUCGCUAUAUUUAUGAGCUUCUGGGCGGCGUGUUUCCUGGAGUUGUGGAAGCGUUACUCCGCGGAGAUGACUCACCGUUGGGAUUUGACGGGAUUCGAUGUGUACGAGGAACAUCCGCGACCGCAAUAUCUCGCCAGACUCGCGCACGUCAAACGUACACAGCUGAACGUGGUGACCGGGCAGCGGGAGCCGAUGGUGCCGUUCUGGCGCAUGCGGCUGCCGGCGACGCUGAUGUCGUUCAGCGUGGUGGCGCUGCUGGUGCUGGUGGCGGUGGCGGCGGUGCUGGGCGUGGUGCUGUACCGCAUGUCGCUGCUGGGCGCGGCCGUGCUGCGCCACAACACCAACGCGCUCAUCACCUCCAACCCCAUCAUGUUCACCACCGCCACCGCCGCCUGCAUCAAUCUGUGUCUCAUAUGCGUAUUCAACUACAUAUACCAGUAUUUAGCGGAAUGGUUGACAGAAAAAGAACUGCUACGUACCCAAACUGAGUUCGACGACUCGCUCACUUUGAAGAUAUACUUGCUGCAAUUCGUCAACUAUUACGCGUCGAUAUUCUACAUAGCAUUCUUCAAGGGGAAAUACGUGGGUCGGCCCGGAGAUUACGUCAGACUAUUCGGCCACAGACAGGAAGAGUGCGCGCCAGGCGGUUGUCUGCUGGAACUAUCGAUCCAGCUCGCUAUCAUCAUGAUCGGCAAACAGUUCAUCAACACCAUAGUCGAGAUGAUGAUGCCAUAUUUGCUCAAGUGGUGGAAUAUCCUCAGGACUAUAGGCAGGAAAAAAACCAUCAAGAGCCCAAUGCAAUGGGUGAAAGAUUUUAAACUAGUCGAUUUCGGGAACAUGGGACUGUUUCCAGAAUAUUUAGAAAUGGUGCUGCAGUACGGUUUCGUGACGAUAUUCGUGGCGGCGUUUCCCCUCGCUCCGCUCUUCGCCCUCAUCAACAACGUGCUGGAGAUGAGACUGGACGCGCGCAAGUUCCUCACCUGCUACCGGCGGCCCGUGCCCCAGCGGGUCACAGAUAUAGGCGUCUGGUACCGAAUACUGGACUCCAUAGGGAAACUGAGCGUCAUCACCAAUGGUUUCAUAAUAGCUUUCACGUCCGAGUUCAUACCCCGGCUAGUAUACUACUUCACGGAGGGCUCAUUGGACAACUACGUGAAUCAUACUCUAGCGGAUUUCAAUAUCACAGUGUUUCACAAUUACCGUCCUAUCAAGACUGCCUACAAUGAGACUAUGUGCAGUUAUCCUGGGUACUGGUAUUACAAGGAGGGGGAUGCCUAUGAACGCAGUAACUGGUACUGGCACACGUUAGGAGCGCGGCUAGCGUUCGUUGUUGUCUUCGAGAACGUGGUGGCGCUAGUGAUGAUAAUCGUCCGGUGGGCUAUACCGGACAUGUCGGGCGAGCUCCGGGACCGUAUCCGGCGCGAGGCGUACGUCAUCAACACGUUCAUACUGGAGGAGACGCGCGCGCGGUCGCUGCAGUCGCGGCGGUGCGAGGUCACUGACCCCGGCGCGCCCGCCCCCCCCACAGGUCACGCCCGAGGCCGCGCGCCGCGGCCGGUGCACGCGCACUCGACGCCCGUAUAGCUAACACGUGGUUACGGUAGGCGCGCUCGACACGCUUUUA